AUGAACACGCCUCCUCGAGGUCGCUUUCUAAUUCGCCAGAUAUCCAUUGUUGUUUGGCAAUAUCUAGCUCUAGAUGUCUUUGCUACACUUGCGUUACAGCAAGCAUUGGAGCAAGAGAAAAGUGGGAUGCUGCCGCCAGUACCUCGAUGGGAUAUCUCAACCGAACAAUGGAUCGAACGCAUCAUCUCAAAUCUCAUGGCUGGAUUUGUGGUCAGCCGGAUUCUCAUAGACUUCCACCAUCGUGUCUUUUCGAUAAUUACCGUGGGACUUGGACUAGACUCGCCUACAAAUUGCCCUCCACUGUACGGAAGAGCACUGGAUGCCGAUACCGUACGUGGCUUCUGGGGGAAAUUCUGGCAUCAAUUGCUACAAAAUCCCCUGACCUCGGUCAGCGCCUUCAUCACCCAAGACCUAUUAGGUCUAAGGCCAAGGUCUUUGUUGCAGCGGUAUAUGAACGUUUUUGUUGUUUUCUUUUGUUCGGGCGGGCUGCAUCUCAUCCUCGAUAUUGUGCAGGGAAUCCCAGCAAAGGAAUCCGGCGCCCUGUUAUUCUUCCUCACUGCCCCUCUAGGCCUCAUGAUCGAAGAUGGCAUCAAAGCACUUUGGAAAUAUUUUUCCAAGUCUAAUAGACCAAUCAAGGAUAUUCCUAAGCCGCUGUGGCAAAGAGCUCUCGGCCUAACGUGGUCUAUGGCAUGGCUAGGUGUCACCUCAACUGGGUUUUUCUAUCCACAGGUGGUAAGACCGGAAAAUCAGGCUCUUGUUCCUUUUUCUGUGGCAGGUCGGAUUGGAUUGCCUUUAGAGGCAGGAAUUGUUCUGGCUGGUGGUGUUGUGCUAGCAAAGAUAUUUGAGAUUGAGGUGUGA